AUGGACAAAAUGAGGAGCUCCGGUCUGAACUGGACUGUGGUGGUUCUGACGAGUCAACACAAAGACAGCGUGUACUCAUUUCAGCGAGAUCUGGAAACUGCAGUGAUCUCUUCAAUUCAUCAGACAGGCCCGUCAUAUGGACGAAAGUUUAUGACUGGAUAUUUGACGUCCAUUGGAGUACGUGCUGGUGAACGCCGAGUGGGGAGAGUAUUGAGAGAGGUGCACCAGCCUUACCACAAUUUGCGACAACGUGGUGCUCGGAACUUGAAUCCCAUCCCCUACCAUGCAGAAUACAUGGGACACAAGAUUCACCUGGACCAGAAUGAAAAGUUGGUGAUGUUUGGUGUCACCCAUGUUGUGGCAGUGGAUGGCUACAGCUCAAAAAUUGUUGCAUAUGCCACAAUGCCUGUUAAAAAUAACCUCACUAUUUAUGAAGAAGUGUACAGACCUGCAGUGGCGACACAUGGUAUGUGGGAUCAAGUGCGUGUGGACCAUGGGAAGGAGUUUUACCUAUGCCUGUAUAUGCAGGAAAUCCUUUCCAAAUACCGCUUCAAUGUUAGUCGGCAGCCCUAUGCCCAGACUACGUCAACCAAGAAUCUUAGGGUAGAGCGAAUUUGGCCGGAGCCAGAUUGGCUUACAGCGAGUUGUAAAUGCAUGGAAUGCACACAGGAUUCCAGGACGAGGAGUACCUAA